AUGGCCGAGCCACAAGACGCAGCAGCGGCCACGUCGUCGAGCAGCGACGCCGCCGCGCAGCGAGCCGCCGAGCAGGCCCGCCUGCGCAAGGAGCGGCGCGAGGCCAAGAUCAAGGCCGGCGGGUCUGCGCGGCUCAACAAGAUCACGGGCAUUGGCGGCCGCGUCGUCGGAGAUUCUACGGAGCAAGCUACGCCGCUCGUGUCGUCGUCGCCGCCGCCUGCUGCCGAUGCGCCGCCGCGCCCUGACGCUGCCGACCCGGACGAGGUGGAUAUUUCGGAACACUGCUACGCGCCCAAGAAUGCCUCGCCGUCGCCGGUGCCAGGCUCGGAGCAGGCUGUCUCGGACGCACAGCUGCGGCAGAUGAUGCUCGGCUUCGACCGUCCCGGCCCCGGCCCCAGAGGCAGCCCCGGUCCCGGCCUUGGCCCUGGGUUCGCCGCGCCCGGGCCGGGGGCCGCAGAUGGCGAGGACCAGCUCAUUCAGAUGAUGUCCCAGCUCAUGGGCGGCUUCGCGCCCGGCUCCGGCUCGUCACCGUCGGCGGCGUCUCCCUUCCCGGGCAUGCCCUCCCUGGGCCAGUUUCAACAACAACAGCAGCAGCAGCAGCAACCAGCCCGCCCAGACGGCUACACGUACAUGUUCCGCCUCCUCCACGCCCUCCUGGCCCUCGGCCUGGGCCUCUACGUCGCUCUCCUGACCCCCUUCGCGGGCACGCGCGCCGAGCGCGAGCACGCCUCGCUCGCCCACGCGCAGCACACGCCCGCCGACGACGCCAACGAGCACCGCAAGCGCAUCUUCUUCUGGAUCUUUGCCACCGGCGAGGCCCUGCUCCUCUCCUCGCGCUUCUUCCUCGACAAGGGCCGCCGCCCGCCGGCGGGCAUGCUCUGGACCGUCAUCGGCUUCCUCCCCGAGCCGCUCCGCGGCUAUGUCACCGUCGGCCUCAAGUACGGCCAGAUCUUCACGACGGUCAGGGCUGACAUCUUGGCGUGCAUGUUUGUCCUCGGCGUGUGUUCGUGGUGGAAGACCUGA